CGAUUAGUAAUAUGAUCAUAGAAAACAUCAGUAUCUGCGUUUAGUUCCUAUAAUUCAUGCCUUUUUUUGGAUUAAGGGAAGGCUGUUUCUGAAAUUGAAGUUAUUGAUAGAAAUUUAACUUGCAUUAAAAUGUCGAAGGUUGAUUUGGAACUUAAAAAGGCAUUCACUGAACUUCAGGAGAAGCAAAUUGAAACUAGUCAAAAGCUGAGAUUGGCAGAUAUCCAAAUAGAAAACUUAAAGAAGAAUAAACAGCAUGCUUUAUUCACUGAAAGUCAAAUUUCUUCAUUAGAUGCAAAUACCAAAACAUAUGAAUCUGUAGGAAGGAUGUUUGUCGCUACCCCAGUUGAAACUAUAAAAAAUAAUUUGCAGAAAAAACAAAGUUUCGCUGAAGAAAAAAUUAAAAUUCUGGAAAAUAAUAAAGUUUACCUUGAAAAUAGUUUGAAAGAGGCAACUAACAGUUUGAGAGAAUUAGUAAAUCAAAAGAAAUGUUGAAAUAUUUAUUUAUAAUAUAAAUUGAAAAAUA